GUGCGGGCGCAGCUGGCGCGGCACCGCCAGCAGCACGCCUCCACGGCGCCACGGCCGCCGCUGCUGGUGGGCGUGCAGGGCCCGCAGGGCAGUGGCAAGACGACACUCACUCGACAGCUGCAGGGCCAGCUGGCCGACGAGGCGCUGCACGUCGUCGUGUUCAGCUUGGACGAUCUUUACCUCACCCACGCCGACCAGCUGGCGCUGGCCGCCUCGGCGCCGCACAACAAGCUCCUCGCGGGGCGCGGCCAGCCGGGCACGCACGACGUUGCGCUGGGCACCGCGGUGCUGCAUGCGCUGCGCUCGCUCAACGCCGCCGCCGGCACGCCGCUUGCGCUGCCGGUGUAUGACAAGGCCGCGUUCAACGGCGCGGGCGACCGGGCAGCGCAGACGGUCGAGGUGCGCUCGCCGGUGGACGUGGUGCUCUUCGAGGGAUGGUGCCUCGGCUUUGCGCCUCUCGAGCCUUCGCUUCUUCGAGAGCGCUAUGCCGCCGCCGUGAAGCGCAGCAAAGCCGGCGACACGCCGCCGUACUUCCUCGAUCACGCGCUGGAGCAUAUCGAGGACCUGAACCAGCGCCUGGCGGCGUACCAGCAGGCGUGGUGGGCGCUGCUCGAUGCCUUUGUGCAGCUGGCGCCGGCGGCCGAGCAGCGCGAGGCGCUCGAGACCAUCUUUGCAUGGCGCGGCGAGGCGGAGGUGAAGAUGAAGGCGGCAUGUGGGCAAGGCAUGAGUCCGGAGGAGGUGCGCACGUUUGUCCGCCGGUAUAUGCCGUCCUACGAGCUGUUCGCAGAAGGCGUGCUGGGCCCA